AUGAUUGCCAUGGACGACAGCGAUAACUGCAGUCUGGGACUUGAAUACGAGCACCAGAGUUUGCCGGAUGCUUCAAAUUACAUCAGGCUUCUCACGGCAAAAGCUCACGAUGGGGAUGGCUCUCACAUCCUCGACUGCGACUUAACGACAUGGCGCAUCGAGGACAGUCCGGCGUUCAGCGCAAUUUCCUACAGCUGGGGUGAUCCGGCGCAGACCGCCCUUCUGCAGAUCAAUGGCCGGUCGCUGCGUGUGACUAAGAACUGCGAAGUCGCUCUGUGUCAAGCGACCCUCUGCAGGGCCAAGCUCUCGCGUUCCAGGGGGGCACAUGGAAGCGACAAACGCUACUUCUGGUGCGACGCGGUCUGCAUCGACCAGAAGAAUCAGGCCGAGAGGGAGGCGCAGGUGGUCGCGAUGGGUCGCGUCUACCGACGGGCCGAGCACGUGCUGGCCUGCCUCGGGGCCCCGGUCGAUGGUACAGACGACAUGUUCCUAUUCCGCAGAAUCCAGUCGCGGUCUGGACUGCUGCGGUCGAUCGGAGAGCACUGGCUGCCGGAUGACGAGUUCCAGCUUGACAUUGCGCGGAUGACCGACGACAAGUGGACGCGGAUGGUGACCUGGUUCAUCUUGAGCAUGCCGAGAUGCUCAAUUAUACGCCUGUGCACUGCGCUAGAGUCCCUCUUGGCGGCUCCUUACUUUCAGAGGACGUGGAUAUGCCAGGAGCUUUUCUUGGGCAGAGAGGUCAUCGUCACUUGCGGGCUGGAAAGUGUUCAAAUGAGUUGUGUCUACGGAUUGGCUCAGACAAGAAGCCUCGGCUCCCUCAUGUGGAAAAUCAGAUAUCAAGAGUGUGGAGAUAUCAGAGAUAAGGUAUACGGAACGCUGUCUAUGGUCAGGUGGCCUGACGAUGAAGCAAUAUCCGUGGACUACGGCAGGGAUAUUUUUGACCUCGCCAUCCAGGUCAUGGCGGUCAUCAAGCAGAGACCGGGUGGUUGGGAUAGUCGUUGUCCCGAAGACUAA